CGCAGGGUUCAAAGUAGAACAAGAAUAAUAAUAAAGUUGAUUUUAUUCCCUAUUAUUUCCCUACGAUCUGUCAUGGUAUCAGAGCGUUAAACCGCUGCCAUGGCCAAUGACGAAGAUGACGCUGCCGGGCAGCCACCGGCGAAGAUAGACCACAACUCGCCCUAUUUUUUGGGGCCGCAAGAUCGUCCAGGCGACUCCAUUACCCCGGUGCGGCUGAAUGGAGAUAACUAUGACAAUUGGGCGAAUGCGAUUCGAUUGGCGUUGCGUGCUAGACGGAAAUAUGGGUUCGUUGAUGGCACCAUCACCAAACCCAAACCGCCAUGUACGGAGGAUGAUUGGAUUACGAUUCACUCUAUGUUGGUGUCCUGGAUCCUCAACACCAUCUCUGCGGAUGUGAAGAAUACUAUGUCUAUGUAUGAUAAUGCACAAGCUCUGUGGGAUGAUCUCCGAGAACGUUUUUCAGCCGUAGACGGCCCGAAAUUACACCAAGUCAAAACUGAUUUGGCAAGGUGUACACAGGCCAAAGGAAUGUCAAUUGGUAUGUAUUAUGCCAAAUUGAAAAUUCUGUGGGAUGAAUUAAACAAUCAUGAACCAAUAAUUGAAUGUAAAUGUGGCCGUUGCACUUGUAACGUGGGAAAGCAACAUGAAAAACGCAGGGCAGAUGAACGUUUUCAUCAGUUUCUUAUGGGACUAAAUGCUGAAAUUUUUGGUCCUAUUCGGUCACAGCUUCUCACGCAGGUUCCACUUCCGACUCUGAAUCGCGCAUAUCAACACACCGUGCAGGAAGAACGCGUGAGGGGCAUGACUGCUGGUUCGGAAACACCGGAUAUUCUCGGUUUUGCUGUCAAAACUGAUGGACGUGCAUACGGGCGCGGAACUAAAAUUGACAAGACCGGCUUAGUUUACUCUUACUGCAAAUACACCGGCCAUGAUGUGAAUAGCUGCUUCGAGCUAAAGGGGUAUCCUGAUUGGUGGGGGGAUAGACCCAGGGCCGACACUAAAAAUGCAGGUCGCGGCAAGGGAAUACCGAAGGGGACUGGACGAGACAAAUCGAUGGCUAAAGCUCACGCAGCAGUGGCAGACACCAUUCUGCCACACGAACCAGCCGCAUGUGAUAAAACAGCAGGUACACCAUUGCCUGGGUUCUCCCCAGAGCAAUGGCAGGCUUUGAUAACGGCCUUUGGUAACCCACAAUCAUCGUCUGGUCGCAUGGCAGGACCGAGUAUCGAGGAAGCUGAUUGGAACGGGUGAGAGGAGAAAUGGGUUGUACUAUCUUCAAGACUCACCUACUGCCCGCAUUUUGACAGUUGCAAGUAGCAAAAAUUCUAUCUUUGAUUUAUGGCACAAACGGCUGGGACAUCCAUCUGGCAAUGUGAUGCGUUGGUUAGCACCAGUAAGUGAUUUAAGGGGCUCUUUUAAUUCCGCAUGCGACGUUUGUUUUAGGGCCAAGCAGCACCGGGCUUCGUUUCCCAUUAGUAGUAAUAAAACUCAUGAUAUUUUUGAGUUAGUCCAUUGUGAUUUGUGGGGUCCCUAUCAUACUCCAUCUUCUUGUGGUGCAAAAUUGUUUUUGACUAUUGUUGAUGAUUGUUC